AUGGCCGAGUAUGAAGCCUGCAUAUUGGGGCUAGAAGAAGCUAUCGAGUUAAAGAUCAAAGUACUAAAGGUAUUCAGAGACUCCGCUCUAUUGAUACAUCAGAUCAGAGGUGAUUGGGAAAGAAGACAUGCUAACCUAAUUCCAUACCGAGAUUACGUGCUGAAGUUACUCCCAAAAUUUGACAAAAUCACUCUUUCUCAUAUUCCUCGAGAGGAGAAUCAGAUGGCAGAUGCUCAGGCAACCUUGGCUUCCAUGUACAAGUUAAUAUGGCCUAACCAUCAGCCUAAUAUUAAAAUUAGGCGUUUUGAAGAACCUGCUCAUUUUUUGACAACAGCAGUAGAGUCAGAUGAUAAACCCUGGUUCUUCGAUAUCAAACAUUAUCUGGAGAAACAAGAAUACUCGGCAGAGGCUUCCAGCCUUGAUAAAAGGACUAUAUGGAGGUUGGCGUCGAAGUUCUUCUUGAAUAGGGAUGUGUUGUACAAGCAGAAUAAUGACAUGGUUUUGUUGAGAUGUGUGGACAAACAUGAAGCUAAUUAG